AUGCGCGUGGUAGCUGUCCUCUUAGCCGCAAUUGCUGUCAGCGGAAGCACUGCGGCUCCGGACGCUCAGCCAACCUCUAUUUUGGCGAGUGGCUUAGCCAAAUUAAUUGGUCCAGACCAUGCCACUGAUAAGCGGCUCCUACGCACCGGUCGAGACGCUGAUGGCGACAAUUUUGAUGACAAAGAUAACGAUGAAGAAAACGGUAUCGAUGACGAGGAGGAGAGAUUCAAACAAUGGAAAAUUAACGACCUAAUUAACGGUAAAACGAGCACGCUGUUUUCAAAGUGGAAAGGACGGUUACUCGGCUGA